GAAAAAGUUUCCGUUUGACGUUUGCGCGCCAUAAUUAGAUUCCAUCCAAACCGGAAGUUACCGGUUGGAAUCACGGGAUAGACCACUGGCUGACUGACCCAGCUAUUUGGAAGCUUCAAAUCAGCUGUAUGGUGGCCAGCUGAGUCGAACUAUGCAAUGGAAGCCAGUAAACCAAAGAGAAAACACAAGAAAAAGCUCAAAGAGAAAUCAACGAAAACUACAGAAAAAGAUGAAGUAACUGAAGACUCAAAAGGUUUGAAUAAUUCCAUUCGCGACUUGUUAUCGGGUGUAUAAACUGAUGAACCUACAAGCAUUGAUAACGUAAUUUUUGUUUGAUUUAGCUGAGUUUGCUAUUUUCUUGAUUUGAUAGGUGAUACCUGUAAUGAUUUAACAAAAACAGAAGCGAGCACUGCUGGAGAAUCAAGCGGCACUGCUUGUGUAAGUGAAACUUUAGCCGACGAUUCCGCCAAAUCGAACUUGCCUGGCUUAAUUGCUGAAAAUGACAGUGUUAUUGAAAGUUCAAAGAACGAAAUAGAUAUUCAACGAAGUGACGAAAAUUCUACGUCAAACCUACAAGGAAGAGGUGAUUUAACCGAAGAUGCAGAGAAACGAGAAAACAAAUUAUCUUUUCAUGCACAAGUUGAAGUAGAAUUGGAUAGAAACAGUACAAAAUCAGAGAAUAAUGGGGAGGAUCAGCAUAGGGACACUUCAGGAAAUUUAAAUACAAUACAGCUUGAUAGCACUACACAGGGAAAGAAUGAUGAUGAUUCUGAUUUUAAAAGUGAUUCUAAUAAAACUGAAAUUCCACCUGUGGAUGAAAUUCAAACUGUUGAUCAAAACAAGGCAUCUGAUGUUUCUGCUAAUGUAAUGAAGACAGAAAAUGGUGAUGCACGUUCAGUCAGUGAAAUCCCUAAAGAACCUAGGAUGGUACAACAUGCAUCAAAAAACACAAUUGCAAGUGUUUCAGCAACUGAAGAAGUUAAAAAUGUACCUUCACAAGUGAUUUCUGACAGACAAGUGAAAGCUUCUCAGAUGUAUCCAAAACUGGACUCUUUAGCAAAUGAAGCAGGUAUUUAUCCUUUUACGUUUACUCGUAGCCACCCCUGUAAGGCUAUGUUCACACUAGCUACACUGGAGAGCCAUUGCACCAGCACAAAAAUCAUUCCGGAUAGGGCUUCCUUUCACACAUAAUGCUGAGUUUGGCCCACAAUUUCUGUAGUAAAUUGAGUGAAGCUGCACGACACCAUUCUGAAAAGUGGCCAUGGAGCUCAUCACAUAUUGGAUAGGUUUUGGGCCAAACUGUGGUGUAGUAUGAACAGGUGUCUUGACGGUAGCGGAAGUGAAUAACUGGGAAAGAGGACUGAAAUCCACUGAGCUAAUGUAAAUAAUUGGGAUUUAGAGAACAAAAGCCACUUGGUCAACCACUCUGGCACAAUGUUCAAUGUCUGUGAAUGACUUGUUCCUCCUCUGUGCCGUUGCUGUUCAUAGUAUACUGGAUAGCUUUUCGUGUUGACACAAAAAGCUGUUCGGUAGGGUGUGAACAUAGCCAAAUAUAACCAUUUUUGUUUGCUGUGGCAAAUAAAUUGUACGUGUAAAAAUUUAAAGGAAAUAUAAGAGGCUUAAUUGGAAUUUUCCAGAAGGUCAUGGGGGUGUUAAAAAAUUUUGCUUUUAUGGAGGACAUACGGAUAUUCUCUGGAGCUAUACCUUCACCUUCUUUAACCUCCCUGCAGUGGUAUACCUGCCAAAAGUCACGCCUGUGGAUCGAAAAAUUGGAUAUCACGCCUACUCACACCUGUUUUCCAGUUUAUCAUGCCUGGUAGAAAAGGUUGAGCCAUUACAGCAUCAACUGGCACAUUUUGAAAAAAUACAUUAAUUUUUUAAAGAAACUGGAAUCAGUGAGAGAAAGUCACUUGAGAUGGGGUCGUUUUCCUUCGUGUUCCCGUGUUUGUGUUAGACAGAACUCUUUGGAAUGUCUUCAGAAGUCUUCGGAUAUCUUCCUUUAUUAUCGGACCCCUAUGAAAAAUCCUGGCACUCUCAGGAUACAGGAUAAAGAUGUCACUUAUUAAAUUGAAAAUAAAGUUGGCAGAUAUACAAUGGCCAUCUCCUUUCAAUCCCUUUUUUUUUUUUAUCAAAGUGGCCAUUGAAUGCUAGUGGAACCCGAAAUAGAGGUUGGGUGGAGAUGGGGGAGGGGGGGGGGGGAGAGAUCAGAUUACGACGAUGACUUACUGUCAACUCACUUAUGUGUGAAUUUACAUAUUGGUACGUCCGUGUGAUAAUUUGUUGGUACAAGGGGAUUUAUACAUGACUGUCAGGGACAGAGGACCAAUAGUAACAUGUACGGCCUUUAAGAACACAAACUCCUGGUACCGAUGAUGUCAGCAGUUACUAGAGCUGCAGAAUUGUCUUGGCUCCACCUGGUAAUUCUUUUAUACUAAAACAUUUUUUUAAGUCUGGGUCAUUAAGGACAGUACAUAAAUGAAUUAGGUACAGUUUUAGCUGAGUUACCUAAUAUAUUUUGUUCUUCAUUAUAUUAAUAGUGUCAAGUAUAAGACAGUACAGAACUACUCUGGAGGCUUUUAGUGAGGAUCAUUUAAAAACUUUCUACUUCAACCCAUUGCUUGAACAGAUGGAAGGAUUUGUAGAGCAUUUCCUCCGGGUAUGAUUUGAUGCACGUCAAAUGUCAUUUUACUGUUUAUCAUCUAACUUUUUCAAGUGGCCUUACUCAAAGUUGCAAACAUGCUGGUUGCUUGCAAAUUUAAAAAUAAUAUUACAACAAUUAAUAAUCACAAAUUGCUUCAAAAUGUGCAAAUUUAUUACCUGUUUGUUAAACCUUUCUAUAGAUGUUUUUUUUUACAAGAGAUGGUGUCAUUAUGAGAAUCAUAAGAGUGCUUAUGACCUGGUAAAAAUUUAAAAUUCAGAGUUCCAAGCCUAGUCAUAAGCUCAUAGAAUCCGAGUCACAGGAUCAGAAUGUUUUCCAUUUUUCCCAAGAGUCCAGGGGGGAGGGUUCUUUCAGGGCUUAACAAGGGUUUAUAUCAAUCAAUCAAUAAUGUAUUUCACUACACUGGCCACACACAACAAAAGCUGAUUUCUAUGUUGGGUGUUUGGUAAAUUUCAGAGAAUAAUAUUAAUUACGUAAAAAUGUACACCAUUUACAAAAUUUAGCUAGUUUUACAAUAUAUGUUGGUGGGAGUUUAUAUUUAAUGCAUUUAAUUUAUAUGUCAUUCUAGCUAGUGUGACGAAAUUGCUGGUGUGUAAUUGCCAUUUUGUUUCCAGAUAAGUAAACAAGAUGAUCAUGAGUUCUAUGAGCUAGUCAGUGCAUAUUUCAGAGGAAGAAAUGCUUUGGCUGUGGCCAUUAAAGAAUAUGAGGUUGGUGGUUAACCCUUUCAAUGUUAACAUAAAAAUUCAAUCUCCAGUCUAUACAUUUCCCAGGAAGUAUAGAAUUUAAGUGGUGGGAAGUAAUCAAAGUGUUAAAUUAUUCUUCUUGUGUUACAGUACAUGUAUCAUGUCCUUCAUAAUAUUGUUACCACUCUGUUUAAAAUAAGGCAUUGAUGAUGUCUAACAAGGAUAAAUUUGAUGUUGAUCACUCUUUUAGGGCAGUUUUAACUGAUUACCAAAACCAUAAAUCCUAUUGCCCAGAGUGAAUGUGUUCUAACAGCAGUUAACUUCCUGCUCAGCUGAUUCAUGAUUUCAAAACACUUGUGUGUUGGUAAUUGUUUUAGCAAACUAAAUUUUUUAAUUUAUCAAAUCUGAAUCCACACAGAAAAGUCCUCCACUGUAGGAUUUUUUUUUCCAUUUUUAGUAAUAACAAGUUAAAGUUUUGGAAAAAGUAUGCUUGAGGGAAGUUCAAUACAGAUCUAGACUGGACAACUGCUGCUGCUCUGACUAUUUAUUAUCUUGUUUGUCAUAGAUUUUGCUUGCUGAGUGUGAGAAGAAAAAAGACCAGUUAUGGAUUACUAAGGAUUUUACAGUAGCAGCUCAGGUAGGGAAAGAACUGUUUUUUUCAUUCUAGAUAGCUUAUCCACAUUAUAAUGCAACAACUGCAUUUUAUUGAGUUUCUUUUUGUCCUGUCUUGGAAGAAGUAUGUCUCUUAACUUUUGGGGUGAUUAUUCAAUGACAUUUUUGUUUGUUUCAUUCUUUUAAUUAUAGAAUGUCUCCCUUGCAAAUUAGCAGAUAUUCUUAUUUUGUGUUCACUGAGGGGUGUGUUAAACUUAGUAACUUAAUGAAUUUAUUCCAGAUUUAAGUCACUAUUAAAUGUUACUUUCAGGGAAAAUGUCAGGAUCAAGUGAAUGUGACACAUAACCAUACUUACCAGCAAGUUGAGAUGAACCAAAGCAUCCCAAAAGAGAUUGAGAACAUUUUAGACAAACUACACAAGGCUUUGCAUGAGGUAACAGUGACAAAAACACAGCUGUACAUGUGAUAACAUAAUAUCUGUCUGAUUGACAGAAAGGUACCCACAGUACUGCUCAAAAGUAAGUCAUUACGACCCUCCCUAGUUGUUUAAUUAUAGACAAUCCUAUAGCUUCAUAGUGUUCACAUUUUGAUUGUAAAGUCUAAAUCUAUUAUUUAGCCAGGUAACCCUGGCUAAAUAACAUUUAUUAUUAUAUGUACUGGUACUUGUCAAUUAAUUUAUUUAGUGUAAUCAUUCUUUUAUAAAGUUUUUUAUUUAUAUCUGUUGUCUCAUGACUGUCACUAGAAUAUUGAUUGUGACAUUUUGACUGCGUACUGCAGGUUUUCAUCAGGUGACAGUGGUGACCUACAAGGAUUAUUUGUACCUGCACUGUGGUUGUUGGUGAUUGGUGUAUCACAAACCUCUCUCUUAUGAAGCGGGUUUUGCCAAUAUAUUCAUAUACUUGGGGUGGAAAUUAAAAAUGCGAAAUGGGAAGGUAGAUGCGUGAACAGGUUAUUAAAGGAGCACGAUAGGGAUAUGUGGCUUUCAUGAGCUCAAACUUCAACUGUUUCUGAACAUGCCAAUAAGACCAGGCAUUAUCUCCUUUAGGACAAGGUUAAGUUUAUUUAUGACUGGUACUCUUGAAAAGUGAAAGAGGCAGCAUUCACGCAAGACUUCAUCCUAACAACAUCAACUGGGACAAAGGAAUUGAGAUUCUUGAAGCAUACGUGGAUGCCUAUGAUCAGACUGCUGAUGGAUCGGAACAGUUUCCUCCUCUAAUAAUACUAACAAUGCUUUCGAUCAAAAGCUACCAAACCAUAAACACGGUUCGUGAUACACCAAUCACCAACAGCUAUGGUGGCGCAGAUAGUCCUACUCAGUAAAUCAACACAAUUGCCUGAUGAAGACCUACGGAAUGUGGUCAAAAUGUUGCAAUCUAUAUCCAAGUGACAGUAGUGAGACCCUAAAAUACAUGCUAACCAUGAUAAACAGUAUGUUUCAUGACCUUGCAUUUUUUGUUCUCUUUUAUAGACUCUUGCAUUGCAGAAAUAUACAUGUCAACUUGCUCGCCUCCAUGUUGACAUGUAUAUCUAUGAUAUGCUGCGUAAUUCAUCAAUUUUAUCUGGUGUUACAACUGAUACACUCAUUACUGGUAAGUGAAGACUAUAUUAGUUAUUCGUUAUUUGUAAGUGAAGAUCAUAUUAGUAAAAGCAAGUCUCAACUUAAAUUAUUAUUAUUAUUAAAAAUUAUUGUGCUACCUAACAACCAAGUAUUUUGUUUGUACAGAGUUAUGCCCUGCUGAUAUGAACCAAGAGGUUCAGAAUGAAAUUCAAAAGUUACGAGACUGUAUCAGCGUACUAUUCAUGUUUGUCCGGCAACCAAUCCAGGAUACAGAAUUUGUUUCUGUUAUGAAUGGCUGGAUGGAGCAAAUGGUAUGAUGUACAAUCAUGUAGUUUAUUUUUAAAGAAUGUCAGCAGAAGUGUUAGACUAGUCAAGAUCUUUAGCUUUUUAAUUUUUUUAACUGUUGCAAAAUGUAAGUUUCAUCAGUUUUGCAUGUUUUUUUUUGUGUAAACAUAAACCAUAAAGGCCUUAUUGGGGACCAUAUUUUAUUUGUCUUACAAGAUGUAUGCAUGCAAGUGCAUUAAUAUUAAUACACUUGAAAGACCCCCUGUAGUGUGAUUCUCAUAAGCAACCUCCUCCCAUAAGUGACUGGCAGGUCUUUGCUUUUCGGGUGGUCCCUUACAGGAAGUUCGACUAUAGUUUUUAAUCUGAAAAGUGCUCAGUAACUCUAAAAGUAUGGUCACACUUUGUAUAGAAGUUUCUUGAUAACAUAUUCCACCACUGUUUCAUUUCAUUCUACAGACUUGACCCUAUGUGUUUGAGGGUUUAUCUUAAGAUAAAUUAAUAAUCAACAGUUAAACCCAUCAACAAUAGAUGGGUGUGGGGAAGGUGCCUGGUGAAACAGAAAGGGGCCGCAAGCGAGCCUAGAAGGUAACCAUGACAACCCUUGAGCGGCACCCACCAGGCAUCGUCACACUGAGAACCUCAGUGGAAAAGGCACAUACCAAGAAAAGCAUCCAGAGAGGAGGGAGAGUAGGGGGCAAAAUGAUUGACUUCUGUGACAGUACUGUAAAAUCACUAAGGCCCUGCUAAACCCCAAGACCGCCCCACAUACGAUUAGUGGUUGAGACUGCUGGCCAGCAUUGUCUCAUGUUUAACCUCUCCUAAAUUACAUUUAGCCAGUCUUCAUAAAUUAUGCAUUUACCGUAUUUCCUCAUACUUGGUGGCUAUUACUUGGAAGAAGGUUUCUGAUACCUUAAGAUCCCUAAGUACAUUGUCAACUUUUGAAAAAUCAGUCCGCCAGCUAAGGUUCUAGCUAAUUCUCAAUAAUAUCUAUAUUCUAUUAUGUAAUUAGGCUUUUUAUUGUAUAUAGCUAUAUCACGUAAUUUUAGGCUUUAUACUGUAAAUUAGUUUUUGGAUUUCCCUUUCUUUCUCUAUUAUUUCAUUAAUGAUGUCCUAUUAUUUUAUUUAUUACUUUUUUUAUUAUAAAAUUAGCCAUUUUUAUCUGUCUUCAUAAAGCUUAUCAAAGGUUACAAAAUUUUUUUCUAAGAUAGAUUGAUAAUUGUAAUUUUAGAAAAGAUGAAAUAAAUAAAUUUAUGCUCAUAAUUUCAUUCCUCUAAUAAUUUAGUUCAAACGUUUUGUCUGUAUAUACCCCUAGUUUUUAUUUUAUUUUAAAUUUUAAUUGCAAACGACCCCAAUAAGCUCACGUAGCUUUAAUACUAAAAAUUAAAAAAGGCUAUCUAUCUACAGGGUUGAUUAUUUGAAACACAACAAGUAGGGGAAAUCAAACAGCUAGGGAUUUCUUUUGGUUCUAUUUUUCUUCUAUUUUCCAAAAAAGUAUUGCCCACUGGAAAAUCGUUGUGCCCCUAAAUAUUUUUUUUUAUUAUUCCAUUAAAUCAAAAAUGAUCAACCCGAGAUUAAAUAAAGCUUCAAAUAAACUGAACAUGGGCUUUUUUGAAGUGUUCCAAAUUUGGUUCCUUAUUUUGUUUUAACUAAUUUUCAUUAAACUGAACAUGGGCUUUUUAAGUGUUCCAAAUUUGGUUCCUUAUUAACCAAUUUUCAUUGUCAAUAUCCUUGGUGUUAGAGCUUGAAUAGUCACUGAUCAGUUUUGCUGGAUCAGACUCCACUUCAACUUGACAGAGAGGGUAUAAAAGAAAGAGAAGAUGGCUAGAGGGGUAGGGGGGGAUUAUUCGGGGAAGGUGAUUAAUCGAGGGAUGGCUAGUAUUUGAGGAAAUAUGGUAAAUACGUAAUAGUGCAUGUUCUCUUUUAAACAGGUUGCUAUUCUCCUUCGUGUUGCAUCAUUAGCUGACCUUGUAUUCCUGUUAAAUCACAUGCUGAGAUGCCCAGCAGGUUUUACCAGUAAAAUAGCUCAUUUCAUCCAGUUCCCUGUGCCACAGUUCAAAACCCAAGGCUAUAAUGUUGUUGAUGAACCUUAUUACUGGGACAAUCCUCUUGUUCAUCAUUUUGUUGCAAUGUUAUCUGCUCUCCUGCAUCCUGUUAGGUGAGGACUUUAGAAUAAACAAAACAGUUGUAGGGUAGUAUAAAUUUUGCAACUCAGACUCAGUUUGAGAUUGUCGCUUGGUUUUUAUAAGGUAGAACAAUAUUCAUUAUACACAGCUCUUUAAAGAUGACAUUGCUCACUUCCCUAUUAGGAAUUUUCUUUAGAUUAAAGCUUAUUAUGUUAACCAAGGCUGUGCUGUACACUGUAGCUGUGAAUAGAGGAAUUUACAUUGUUUAUAUUCAAUGUUGGUCAUAUUCAAUUUUGUAUAUUAUUUUGUUUUUGGGUAUGGUAGUGUUUGUUGAUGAGUUUGAAGUAAAGGAGUGUAAAAUUUGAACCCAAGGAUAGAAUUGACUAGCAAAAUAUACACCUACUGAUGAAACAAAUACUCAAAAGGUGAAAUAUUUAUUAUGUUAAUUAUAUUUUCGUUGUUUUUUCUUGCAGGGAAAGAGACACUUUUCUACAAAAGCUUGCAAUAGGAAAACAAGGUAAAUUGUUUCCAUUGGCUUAACCCAGUAUAGAUCUGCUAUUGUUUCCAUUGGCUUAACUCAGUAUAGAUCUGCUGCACUUAUGAACACUAUUUUGUUUAGUUCACUGUUGCCCAACCAGCCUCAUUUUCAGGCAAAUAUACCAUUGAUCCACCUCUUUUCCAAGAAAAUAUACUAUUGAAGCGAUGGUAUAUUGCUUGCGUCUCUUCAAAUUUGGUCAAUGCCGGCUGGUUACUAAGAAUUAGCCUGGAGAUGUGAGGCACUCAGAAAGGAUGAAAUAUUUUGGAUGAAUAAUAAAUCUAUCUAUUUAUUGCCAUGACAGAUUUGCCCUCAUUUAAAAGCCAUUGCUAGGUAACAGUCCAAUUUUUGAAAGGGAGAGUCAUGUCAUUAAUAAUCCGUUGUGCUUGUGGGAAACACCGGAUGAGGAAUGAUUUGCAGUUGUUAACUUAAAAUGAUACAGGAUGUACUUUGUAAUUUUUUUAGGUGCUGUCAGUCUGAUAAGCUGGACUAUUGUGGAUGAUGAUGGUGAAUCUCUGGAGGUUAGUUCUGUGUAUGUACAAGCUUUAAAUUGUACAAUUUUUGAAUAAAUGAACUUGAGGCUUGGUUUACCAACAAAGAUAACUUAUCGACCAGACGUCGUAUGAUUCCGCUUACAUGCUAAAGUGGCCACAUUGCCAGCAUGGUUGCCUCGGUGGUGUAGGCAGUAGUGGUUGUCACACCCGAGUACAAACCAGGGAGACAUCCAUUUGAUUCCGGCUCGAGACAACUAUGUUUUUAUUUUCAGAUGAGGUGUGUGUCGACAGUCUUCUUACACCAUGUGUUGUGGUAAUAGUUUGUUGUAUUCACUUUCAACCAGACUUAAGUUAUUGCUUGAUUCCUUUGAAUGUCUUAGUGAUGCAAUCUUGUCAGAUUUAAUAAUAUGCAGGGCUGAAAACUUCCUGUUACAUUAUUCUUUUUUGUCCAUACUUAACUGUGCCUACUGUAAAGUAUCAAGGCUUAUUAAUCACAUGCAAGUCUCAUGAUCUAUUAAAAUCAGCACUACAAUGAAACCAUUGACAAGUUUGCUGGGAUUUUUCUCCCUGGUAGGUUAUUGUUCACUAAUGGGCAUAUAAGUAUGAUAGAAAAGAGGUGGUUACGUAGGUAAUUUACCUAAUACUGACAGCUGAUGUUUUGUUUUCCUUACCUGAAAUGUAUUCUUGCACAACAGCUCAUUUUAAUAGACAGACAUGUUGAAAAGAUAUUCUGACCAUGAAGUUUCAUUUUCAGGAUGAGGAUCCCGAAACCAGUUGGAUGUUGAUUGAAGAAAGUGAUCUCAUUGCCGUAUUUUCACAGUUUCCAUUUGAUGCUAUUUUCAAGCACCUUCUUAAAAUGGAUCCUAACACACCUAGUAAGGAAUUAACCAAAAUCAGAUGUAUUUUAUAGAUACUUAAACAACUCCAUGAACUCUUUUACCUUCCCAUUACUUUGUACAUUGUCCAUUGUUGCACUCCAAGAUGCAGUUCAAUGGUUGUGUAGUGUUCAGUUCUGUUACACCCUGUUUUGGGCUAGCAACAACUGUAUAUUUGCCUGUUGAAGGGUAAUACAUCCAUCUCUCUUGAGAUGCCAAACAAAGGGUUAUAACUGUCUACCUUUAUAUGUAAUAAAAAUGGUUUUAUUGUGCAAAAUUCGGUUAUAUAUCAUAAGUUAAACUUUGUUAAAAGAAUCCUUUACCCCCUUAUUGCCUCCCUAUCUUUGAAAUCAUUUAUUGAAAUAGUGUGUUCACCCUUCUACUGUUGAAUCAGAUGUAGCUCCCAAGUCUGCUGAUAAUAAGGUCUUCGGCGUUACCGGCUCACUUACCUAAUCCAACGGACCCGGCACAGAUGUUUUCCUUUUUUGAUUGCUUGCUUUAUGAACUUCCUUUUUUCUUAAUUUGCAGAUGAUCUCCUUACUGAAUCACACUAUCAUGUUGAGCUCACUACAAGUCGUGAUAUCAUGAGAAUGUUGGCAUUUGCAUCAUGUACUGUGUACGUGAUGGGAAAUGCUUUCCGUACCUAUGAGAAAGUGCGUUACAGGGCAUUUGUCAAAAGAGUUGGACGAACUAUCAGGUAUUUUGUUUCUUAAAAUUCAAACUUGUGGGCUUAUAUUUGGCUGUGUACUUACCACGAUGGUUCAGUGAGUAACGGUUUGGAAAAUUACUGUGGGAGUUUUUCGAACAAUGUGGCUUGGACAAAGAUCUUGUUUUCCUAGUAGAGAUCGUACCUCUAAGAGUUUCCUAUCACCCAAACUUUUGCUUUCAAACCAAACAUGGCUCUUGCAAAAUGAUAUUUAAUGUUUUAUGCUCAUCACUCAAGCAUUUCUAAUUAUUAUUCUUCUGAUGUGGAACCUUGAAGCCACCCGAUUUUACAUUUUAGGACUUUCUAAUGAUUAUCUUGCAGAAGAAAUUUGAUUUCAAUUGAUACGUAGAUGAUUUAAGUUAGAAAUGAACUUAACUGUUGCUCUUCCAUUUUGACAUGUCUACUGUACCUUUUUGGGAAUCAUAAUCUAUACCUUGAGGUAAUAAUUAAGUUUAAUGUAAAAUUCUUUAGGCAGAUCGUUCAGUAUGCGUUGGAUCACUGGUCUGACUACAGAAGUUGGAGAGUUAAUGUGUGCGUAGACUCAGAAGAUACGGCUCCACACUCCUUUCCACCCGGUGACCAGUAUUCUCUAAAUCGUUUGCAAGUAGAAGUUGAUCAAUUUUUUCUUAGAGCUGCACACCAGAUCAUAAGUGCGCACAGGUAUUUAACGUGGCAACAGCAUUAUAUUAAAAUAAGAAUAAAAUUGCUCUGUUCGUGAUAGAUGCUCUAUCUAUCUUUUGGUUCGCAAUCUUUCUUUCUUGUAAUCAUCCAGUGCAGAAGUCCAAAUUGAAUCCCUUUGCACAACCAAUGGAGAUAAUAUAUAUAGGAGGCACAAUGACCCACUGGUUAGUUCUUUGGUUCCUGUAUCAAAAGGUCUGGGUCUAGGCCCGGCCAGGGUCAUUCUUAUUGUGUUGUGUUCUUGGGCGAAACGGUUUAUUCUCACAGUGCCUCACUCCACCCUGGGCUGGGUUGUUCAAAGCAAGGUUAAGAUAGCCCAGGGUUAGUGCGAAAUAUGAAUUCAGAUAUGAAAGCUUAAAAAUCAAAUUCAGCUGAAUUAUUUUUGUCUACGAUUUGGUGAUAGGAUACUCUAAAAAGAAUAGAGAAAAUUGUCCGAGAAAAUGCUUUUGAUAAAAAGAAACAGAAGUCCGGGUUAAAAUCUAACCCUGGGUUAGCGCCAAUCGGCCUUCGAACAGCUGGGCCCACUGGUGUAUAAAUGGCUACCAGCAGAUGGACGGACUGGCAUCCCGUCCAGGAGAGGGGGGGGGGGGGUGGGGUUGGAGUUGAAUAUGCACUUACUGCUUUUCCCACAAGCAUUUACAAUCAUAGACUGAAAUAAUGCACUCUAUUUAUCAGUGGUUUAUCAUGAUGAGUUUUUUGAAACAACUUUUUCCUGAAGAGAAAUGCGAAAGAUUCAGUUACAUGUAGUUAUUUUUAGCUUCCGAGUAAUAGCACCCUUCUUCCCGAUAAUCAUGUGUCAGAUGGCAUUUACAAUACCAGCGUGGCUGUCACGUAUCCAUAUUGUAAACGUCUUCAUAUAUUACUUACACACGGUUUUAUUCUCUUUGUAGACUUGGUGCCUGGCAGUUUUUGGCCGACAUGCCAUUUCGAAGUGUCUCUUCUGAUACCCUCUGGAAGUUAUUUUCAGCACUUCACUUAGAUAUCGCCAAACUUGAUUCUGUGGCAAGCAUUCAACGAGAGGAAUUAAUGAGAAAUGACUGGAGGGAAGUUUUAGAAGGUAGAUAUAUCGCGUUUAAUGUUACAAGAUAUCACCUAAGUCGCGCCUGCAUGUUUCCGACAUAAACCGUUUGCAGCCGGUUUUAUUGAGCUUGUUUUCAGGGACAAAACGUGUAAUUUGAAUUGUGCUAUCUAUCUUUACAGGACGACAUGAGGAAUUUAUUGAUCAGCUUGCAAGAAUGUCUCAGUCAGAGGCUAUCUUCUUGCUGACCACAUUUGCCAACUUUGCCACCUCAAGAGAUGGAAAAGAAAGAGAAUUCAUUGAGGCCAUCACCUCGCAGAUUUACAAGGUAUGGAUGAUAGUCUGAUUCUUGGAAGCGACACAGGCAUCAACAUUUUGUUCGUGGCCUUAGGCUGAAUUCGUAGCUUUCUAGAAAAACGCUUGUUAUGAAAAUACUAUUUUGGUGUACAAAGUUUUCAUGAGAACGCACAAUAUUUUCUUUAAGAGUUGUCUUUUGUAUUCGCGCAGGUUUCUUUCAUUGCCAGUCAGACGAGAGAAUCAUGUUCGAAAACAGGAAAACACCUUCUUGGAACCAUCUCUAGUUAUCACCCGUUUGUAAUAUCAGUUUUGCUGGAAAGCGUCAGUACUACUAUUCAAGUUAUAGGGAAGGUGAGAAUGUUUUUGUUUUGGUGCUUUUUGCUUUUUAGUUUUCCAAUUCAUAUUGUUUUAGGUUGGGACUCAAUGAUAUAUACCGUGUUGUGAUCUACGAGAAACAAAACAAAGAAGCAAAAAAUAAAACUGGCAUAACUCAAUUACUUUGAUGGAGGUCGUACAUUUAAACAUCGUCUCACAUUCACGAUGAAUCACUCUUUUUUAUGGGGAAGGGGUCUUGAAUGUUGCACUUCUAAGCAACCUUGCGUCACUUGCCUGAUACUAUUAUUAUUUUUUCUUCAGAGUUGCGUUUACUUGUUCAGCGGUUUAUCAAUUAAUCUUUGGCAUCCAACCUACAAGAACAUGGACUGCAUCAAAUCCUGGCUGCUGAAAGCUGACCUUUCUUCUCCAGAGCACCAGCUAGCGCGCUACAUUGUUUCCAAUCUGAACUGGGGUCAUGUGGGGGAGGUAAAUAUGUGGUAAUAAUUAUAACUACAAAACAUCCCAGCAUCUGCAUCCAGGACCACUCUAGCUAGGUGGAGAGAGCGAGAGGUCAGGUGGAAAUAACACUGUUGUAGUGUAACAUGGUUUUUCCAGCUUUUUCUUUUGAUACAAUGAAAGAAAAAAGAGAAAAUCAUGUUUUGGACUUAAGCGUACACCUAUUUCUUACUGUUGUCACAAUCUUUGGGCUUGGUCUGCGUCCCACGCUCGAGCCAGUACGUAAUCAGGUACUUUGUCAGUGUGCAAUAGCAUGACUCCGAGGCUUUAGGGUCAAAAUUGCCAAUUUUUCAAGACUGCAUUGUCUCGCGAUUCCCAAAAGGGACUGGAACUCAAAGAAAUCCAAACCAAAUAUAGAAAAAUGACUAGAAAACCUCGGAGUCAUGUGAGAAUUUUAAUAUAUCGAGCGUGGGCUAUUGUGAUUUGCGGCCUUAUGAAUUUGUAAACUCAAUAAAUAUUUGAUAUUAUUAUUAAUUUUUUAGCCAGGCGAAAGUGAUCAGCUGUUCUUGCAUCAGUGCUGGCACAGAGCUAUGGCAGCAUCGCUUGUAGAAGUGUCAGCUCUUCGUCUUCCCAAUUGGCCAGGAGGAGUAGCACAUGAGGCAUUCAGAGAAAACCAAGGACUCUUAAGUCAGAUGGCACAAAUAGCCACUGCAUCGUAUAAUCGCAUGAUGCAGCCCAAUUAUGAACAACAGUUGUAUGAUUGGCUGUGGGGGGUGAUGUUAGUUCUCAGGCUUCAUGCAGCUGAUCUGCCGACGCCUGUCAUGCAGUUUACUCAGCAGCAGCUUCCACUUCAAGAUGAAUUACAAGGUAUCAAGGUUCCUUCCUUCGCGAUUUUACAAGGGAGUGAUUUCCAGCAGACUUAGUUUAGGGUAGAGAUACAGGGCUUACUCUUUAAACCUACUUUGUGAACACGAAAGUUAUUUCAUUUUAGCUUUUUAUGGGAAAUUUCGUUUUAAAUCGUAUUUCCGACUUUGGCUGCAACAUCCUUACUUCCGGGAUAAUUUUUUUUAUGCAGUCAAUUUUGAAAGGGUGAUCUUGAAUUGACGUUAAGCACGACAAACGGUUUGGGUUCUGGCCUUUUCCACUAUAGCAACAAGUUUGUUAACCUGGGCUUGUCAAGUUAUCCCAUCUCUGAUAUUAUGGCUGUCACUUUCUAUUUUAGCUUCCGAAGAAGCAGGCCCUGGAUUUUCCAGCUUGGUUAAAUCGCUGUCAAAGGAAACACUUGAGCUUGUUAAUGAGAAUGUAUUGGCCAGUAUGAUUCAUGCAAUCAAAGCUGGGGGACAACUAGCAUGCUAUGCUGCUUUGGCGAUGACUACUAUCGGCACCAGGUUGAUUAAAAUAAUAGGGAGUAUUUAGUUUUUAGUCACUUAAUAUGUUUCGUAAAAAUACAAUUACAGUAAACAAUAUAGCGGGUUUAAGAUGAUGAAUAUGUAACUGGCACCAGUGAAAUGUCGUAGCUGACUGAACGGUAACUGCUGUAUAAUUUCAGCAACGACUUAAAAAAAAAUAGUUUAAAAGCAGUGCUGAUUUAUUCCGCAAAAUUAUUUAGUGAUGAUACGUUUAGGCUUUCAAGACUAAUUAUCAAUCUGCCGUGAACUGAAUAUUUUUUAAGUUAACUUUGUUUUUUUUUUUCAUUACAGCCGUGAUUUGUUCCUAGGGGCAGGAUUGGACCAUUUAACAAUUAUUGUAAAUGCGAACUGCUAUGAUGCUACACUGAGAAUUGUAGCGAAUGUCACUCCACUGUUUUUCAGCUGUCCUGAGAAGCUUACACAGGAAGCAAGGUUGGUUGGUAGAAGUCAAUCUCUGGCCAGUCCUUAUCAGUUUUUCACCAACGACUUGAGCUGAACGAUUCUCAGUGCAAGUUAAAGACUUCGGUCUUGCUUGUAUCAAAUGCAACUGGCGGGUCUCGUUAUUGAAGAAAAUGUCUUAAAAUACUGCAUUCAAUUUUUAUCUGAGUUUGCUCAGCACAAAGUGCAAUGCCGGUACCGCAGUCAAGUCCAAACGGCAAUACAUUCUAGGCAUGACAAACUUGCGGCUGGAAUAAGGUUGCCUGUCGAUGCUGAUUUCAUACAUUUAAUAUUACAUAGGUUUGUAUCUGUAAUUCACCGCUUAAGUCAGCUGGACAAUGAUAACGCAGGCUAUGCUGAGAAGCUUCUUCAGGCAUCAACAGUGGGACAGUAUUGCAAGAAACUGGUUGGAGUCAUUCAGGUGUCGAUCAUUCAUUUUUUUCGUUUCAUUUUUUAAGAUUUUUUGUUACUGCUAAGGCUAUUGGUCGGUGUAGGGCCAACAAGUUAAUCUGCACUGGUGUCCAAUAGAGCAUUUGUGCGUUGAAGAUCAGGUAACCUAGUGAACCAUUUUGAAAGUACCAGUAUUCUGAGCAUGACAUUGCGUUGGAACGUGCGUGGGGCACUUGAUAAUCCAGAAAGUGUGAUGUGAGGAACUCGGUAGCAGAGAAGCUCGAUCAAUGCUUUUUUUAUGUGGAUCACCAGGGUGAAAAUUAGCCUGCAGAGCACGCGUAACUUUUUUUCAUUUUAUAGGUGAACGAAGACAAGCGCGAGACUCGAGCGAUGAGGGAAGGCUUUAAAAACGUUUUUUUUUUACACGCUUCCCUUCGCGCGAAUCUGGCACUCCACGCCUGUCUGAAUCUUGUCUUCAAUCGCCUGAAAGACGCGAAAAGAGUAACACGUGUGAGAAUGGCGAAAAGCCCUUCACCCGGUCUAUUUAUUCAUAGUAAAUGACAAUAUGACGGGAAAAGAGAACAGUGAUGAAAUCUGUAAAAUAAGUGCGAAUUUUCAUUCCUCUUUUUCCUUGUUCUAGAGCCAUGUUCAGAAGUUUCAAGCACCCGGUAUGGUUGGCUCUGUCAGUGUCGUGGAGUUCUGGUUGUUAACUCUUUGUACACUGCCAAACUGGUAUAGGUCAGUGUACAAUUGAUUUAAAAUUAUGCAUCAUGAAUUUGGCGAUAUAACUAUUUUCAUUUCUGAAAACACACAAGUGAAAGGAAUGGUAGCCAGCCUAGUGUUUAAGUUAUAUUGUUUUCUCCUUUUACCUUAAACAAGUUGAAAAGUCGCAACAAGGUUGCUUCAUUUGCACAUGUGAGAGAUCUUUAUAAAAACAAAUCUGGGGCAAGGAAUCUACUUGCACCUUUGUUUUAUGAAAUUUUAGACUCUCAUAUGCAAUUGUUUUCGCUCACAGUCCUUCUAUUUUCACUUUUCAGCUUGAGUCGGCAAAAGAAAAUAAAUACUACUGCCACUUUGUAUUCUGAUAUUUUAGACUUUCAUAUGCGAAACUGCCCACCUACCCCUCCCCUAAGCCAGCAUUUUUAAUACUUACUUUUCACUUAAGGCAAAAUGUUGACUUAGGGGAGGGGUAGGUGGGCAGUUUCCCAGAAGGUAAAAUGAUCCGUUUUCCCUUAUCCCACAGACUUUCUAUUUUCACUUGAGAGUUCGAGAGCGUGAAAGACAAUAGAAACAAUAUGUAAACUGCUAGCGAAAGGGGCUGGGGUGGAUGAUCCCCCGCCGAAAAAAGAGAGAGAGAAAAAAAGGAAACCUUUGUGUGAAGUCCAGGUUUUCUCCAAUUUUUCAGAUUUAGGAAGGCAUUUUGGGACCACCUUCAUCUGCUGCGGCAAUUGUUUACCUCCUCUUUCAAGAGAAAAUACUUAUUGCCUUUAUAGAGAAGAUUCUGAUAAAGAUGCUAAAUAGAGUUUGAUUGAAUGGAGCAGUAAUUUUAAAAAUUUGAUUUCCCGACUCACCUACGUCUUAUGUUAUUGUUAAGGGAUGUUCAUAUUCAGUUCGUUGUGGAUAACCUGAUAAAAAUUGCUUUGAGAGUGGAAGGAGGCGUGAAUGUGAUACAAAAACAUCUCAUGGAUUCUUACCAGGUACUUUUCAGUUGUUGCACCUUCUUGUUUUCACUGUCAGUGUGUCCUGGUGGGUAUUAAUUUCACCAAACAUAACCAGAAACAUAGUCUGAGAAAACACCCGACAUCUCGCGACGCUACCUCUGGUUUCCCCGCGAAAUGACGUCUGAGAAACGAACGCAGAAAGACUAUACUGAUGACGCGUCACUACCCAGAUCUGGGUAGUGCAUCUGAUUGGAUGAAACAGAUUUCAACCAAUCAGAACCACUACCCAGAUCUGGGUAAGGACACGUCAUCAGUAUGGAAUUUCGUCGCUGAGACGUCAUUUUUUGUAGAAACCAGGGGCGGCGUCGCGAAAUGUCGGCUGUUUUCUCAGGCUUCUAGAAACCCUGAACAUUCUGCAAACAAAGUUGAGUCAGACUAUGUAUUAUUAAUUUUUCUCCAGCUGUUACUGAAAGAUACAGGAAGUCAUGGUGUUAUUGCUUCGCUUCUUUCCUGGGUGACGUCAAGUAACAAUGCUCCACCUGUAUUAUGGGAAAUAAAGGUCAGCGAAUCUUACAAAGUACUUUGAAUAAAGGUUUUAAAUAUGAGGUCGUGUAUUAAACCAAGAUCCAAAAAGGUUCGAAAUUAAAAUGCUACUGUACCAUACACAAGUACUGCCGAAGAGUUUUUUUUGUAUUUGAAUGGUCACAUUUAAAGGAUUUUCUUCGCAAACGUAUUGAAGGGAUAAUUGUUGGUCUCCAUAAUCGAUCCUAGGUAUCAACUUUUGGAACAUUAAUUGUGCUGAUUCAUUUUCCUGUUGUUUCAAUCUUAUGCCCAGGCUCCCCGGGCUUUUUUUGAGCGAGUGGGCUCCUGGAGAAACUCUCGGAAGUGAAAAAUAAAUAAAUAAAUAAAUAAAUAAAACAACUUUGAUUUGUUUCCUUGAUUCUUUUAAUGAGAGUAAAAAGAAGGACUCUAAAGCUUCUUGCGUUAAUUCCGGGUUAACGCCUCUGUUAAAUACUCACAUAGACCUUUUGGUCAAGCAGUAUAAUCAGAUUCUUAGAAUAUUUAACGCUUUCAUUGGUCCACAAGGCAGUUUGCCGGUGGCAGUUUGGCCGAGCGGUUAGAGCGCCGGACUUGCAAUUCGGAUGCCCCGCGUUCCAAGUUUGCUCCAACCGCUAGCUGGAUUGGUUCUCGGUAGUCCCGAGGUCAAAUCGUGCUCUUUUUAUCUGAUUUAUUUGUUUUAGUUGUUUGUUCGGCCCAACAAGCCUCUGCGCUAUAAAUACUGCCAAGGGUAAAUAUUGGAAUUAUUAUUAUUAUUAUUAUUAUUAUUAUUAUUAUUAAUAUUAUUAAUAUUAUUAUUAUGAUCAUCAUUAUGAUUUAAGACGAAAAUUACACAAUUAUAAUUAGUAGCAGGUAGUGUAAGAAGUCAAUAUAAUAGUCAUUUGUGGCUUAAUUCUUGCUUUUUUCACAGACGACUCCUGAUUAUAGCUACUACGCGUAUUGUGUGUUAUGCAUGGAAACGCAGAUGGAAUUAAAUUCUGGCCUGUCUGUAGAAAUUAGCAGGAGAUUGCUGAAACACCCAGAUUCUACAAUUGAUGCGACAUUAAAGGUUAGAUCAGCAGUGGUUCUAUAGACGACCAAGAAGAAGAAAUCUCAAAGCCUUCUAUAAAUGUAUCCAAACGUAUCUUGCAUAACUGCAAUUCAGUGAGACCAUUUCUUUAUUUUCUUUCUGAUGUUUGUAGAAAGUAGUUAAAAAGAUGAAACUGUCAUGGUCACCUCCCUUGUCCAGCCUGUCCAUCUAUCGUUGGUCCAGCCAAGCCCUGGUAACUGAUAUGGAUCAUCCAUUGUUACCCCUCAUAUGGCAGCGUUUCUUCAGUUUAUAUCUGCAACGACCCGUCACACAGCCUGGGUGAGUGAGUGACAAGAACAAACCCCUUUAGGGUAGGCUGAAACAGACAUGUUCAUUUGCCAGUAAUAGAGUACGCAAGUAUUCUGAUCAACUGCCAUUAAAACAGAGUUUUAUAAAAACCAAGAAAAGUGACAGAAACUGUAGGAAGAGUAACAGUUUACCUUAUCCAAUGGAAUCUCUCAUGAAUCUCUUUGUGUGGCCAGCUCAGUUUCGGUUUACAUACCGGUUUUGCUGCUGAGAAAUCCCCAUUUUUUAGCGCCGGGGAUUACUUGAUUUUGAUCUCGACUUAACACUUUACAAUUGAUCUGGGGGGGUUAUUAUUUAUUUAUUUAUUUACUUAUUUAGUUUCAUAUUUACUUGGCUCAUAUCUAUAAUGACUAUUUCUCUGUCAAUAUUCUUCCACCUUAACCACGUGCUCAGUUAAUAGCAGCUGUUUCUUACUUGUUUCUACUAUUUUUUCGUUAAUUGGUUAAUUAAUUAUGACUCGUGUCGUUCUUCUUCCAAGUCUUGCCCAGCGUACAGGCGUGGGCUAUAGGUUCUUUGACAGCCAGAGUCAUACCUCCACGCUAAAGAAAAUGAAGCAAAGGCUACAAGCAACAUCUGAACACCACCGAAACAAGUCUUUGGAGACAGGAGCUGAUCAUGAUGCGGUAACAGAUGGAGACAGUGAAAUAAGCAAGCAAUUUGAACAGACAAGAACUCUGCAUGAAAAAUUGUCAGGGUAAGCCCACUGAUUUUGCAAACGUUAAAGGACCCUAUUAAAUGGUCGUGUCUGCUGAAAAGUAACGAAGCAAAAAAGGGUGAUCGAAGAGGAUAACGAAAGCCUAAUUUGUUUGGAAUUGAAAAGAGAGCCUGAAAGUCGAUCUGUCGUCAAAAUGAGUCAUCUUUCUUGUCAUCUUUUGAAGUCUUAACGAUUUAUAGUAGUUGUGACAACAAAUUAUGAAGGAAAAUGAAAAUAGUGACAUUAAAUUGAUAUUGAAGUUUCAGUUUACUGUUGCUACUUGUAGAGGGUAUUACGCAUUCCAAGGGCAUGAUAAAUAUUUGUUGAAGCCAUAGAGCUUUUCGGUUGUUCUUUUUUUUAUGUAGCUUGAAACAGUUAUGCAUUUUUUUAAGUGUUCCCUGGUUUGUAGUUGAAUUAGCGGAUAUGAACUAUGAACUCGUAGUCAAGGGUCGUUUCUUUCUCUUGUAGACCUUCCGUGUAAGCUUCCGUGUUUCCAGUAAACCGUCUUGUAACUGUUAUUCUCCUUGCUUUUGUCAUGGAGCUUUGACUAUUUGUUUUUUUUUUUAAUCGUAAAGACGUGUUUUGUUUCUCUGAAUUGAUUAAUAUCUAGGAUUUUUCUUGUUCCCAUGAUUUGAUUCAGACAUGUCUACGAUUUGACUGUUUAAGUUUGUCCAACAGAUCUUCAGCUAUAACUGAAGGGUGGAAGUAGAGGUCAGAUCAGGGCGAGUGAAACUGUCAGCUGGUGGAUGAGAGUAAAUCCGUCUUCAAUAAAGACGAGAAAAUGUUAAUAAGUGUCUUAGUACCUCUCUUUUUUUUUGCAAGCGAGUGAGGCUUUUAAGUCCCAACAUAACGAUCAAAUAUCUUUUGAUGUAUUUGCAAACAGGAAAGAACUGUGAUUUGUGGUUGAUUCUUUUGUGCAGGUUUUAUCAAACUCUUGUUCUGUGGCUUGAUGAACCAAGGCUUCAUGAUCCUAACCUCUUUCUGCCUUCAUUACCUCCUCCUUAUGAUCCAGCAAGGCUUGAGACACUGCUCAAACCUGAACUGGUAAGUAUGUGUAGCCAUUUUUGCUAAACUUAAGUAAGAAAUAGUCUUUAGUGGAAAAAAAAAACAGAACACGCGUGCUUCACAAAGACAAUCCUUUCCGAUCCUGAGUAGCCUGUGUGGCAGGCAUUCGUAAAAGGGAAGGGAAAUUUCGGAAAGGGCACUCAACGACAGUUUCUUCCUAAAUACAUUAAAAACUCUUUUUAGCUUAUCCAGAGUACUUUUAGAUCCCUAGUUUCCUUUUUCAACGAAAAGUUGUAUCUGUUCGGUCAUCCUAGGGGAACUUGAGUCUUUUCGAAAUUACAAGGGCUUCAGUAUUAUUUUCCCGAAAAUUUUAAAUGCAAUUUUAACGAUUUACGAAAGUGAGAAUUUUUCUUGUUCUUCUCUCCAUCACAUUUUUGAAUCCGAAAAUUUUAGGUUUCCUUUUUCAACGAAAAUUAGCCUAACAGGGGGAGUAAAAUAUGAGAAAUGAAACUUCAGAAAAUCGUACGGAAUUGAUUAGACAAGCUUCGAAAAUUGUACCUGAAUGGAACGGUCAUCUAGAAAUUUCUAGCCGUCCUCAAGCAGUGAAAAAUUCUAGGCAAUAUUUGCUUCUCCGAUAAAUCACAAAAAACAGUUGUUGGGUGCCGCUGAUUUCGGGUGCGUCCGUCAGGGUGGAGGGGAGGAGAAAGUUUCUUUCACCCUUCCUUCUACUAAUUCGCGCGCCUCUUGCGUUCUCGCGUGCCUAAGUCACCUGUUUCCCCUUCCCACGAAGCUUAGAGCCUGGGCAAGUGAAACUUUCCCUCUUCAUUGAAAGCAUUUUUCGAAUCAAAGACCAAAAUAUGACAAAGAAGAAAGAAAAAGAAUAAGAAUUGCAAUAUUUGUGGACAGAUGUUUCGGUUUCUGUACAGGAAAGCAAUGAAACAACCUCCUUUUUUUUGUAUCAAUGUAUCAUUAGAUUAUUUAGAACUGUCUUUUACUGAAUAGCAGGAUAAUGAUUUUAGACAGGUAUGCUGCAGCACGUUACCACAAAAUGUAUCUCUAAGAUAUAGUGUCGAGGAUUAGAAAUAUUUAAAUUACCGUGACGUCGUGGAGUCUAAACCGAGUAAUAACGGUCUAUUUAAGGAACCGUGGAGUGAUUUGCUUUUCGUGAAGAAAAUUGAUAUGGAAAUAACUGAGUCUGUCCGUUUCUGGGUGAAACACGCGUUGGGGCCUACGACAAAACCUUUGGAGAGUAGAAUGACUGGUCAGUGGAGUGACAGGAGUCCAGAGACAGGUAAUUACUUAAUCUGUGGAAAUAUUCCUGCGCUACACGGCUGCAAAAUAUCACUUUGUUAGGCAGCCCUUUUAUAGAAACGCUUGCCAUCCAAUUCAACUUGCUUUUGAAGCGUACUUGUUCGUUUUAUGAAUUGGUAAUCCAGUCGCGCAAAGAUUAAGGUGGGAGAAGUUGUGGAAGGAGGGUGUAAAGAGUGGAGAGGGCGGGGAGAUUAUAAGGAAGAGGUUUAUGGUAUAUCCUGGUAAAAACUUUAGGGAAGAAUGUUCGAUCACGGAACGGAUGCAUGUUAUCAUUUAAAUCAUUUAUGAAUAGUGAAAUACUAGUUUGCUGACUGUCAGCCGGUCAGAUUUAAACAAAGGCUAUCUGACGCUGCUGUUUACGACGAUCCAUAGACCUUUAGGUUUGUUUUUAUGCGAGUUACUUCAAGUAGAUAACUGUUUUUCUUGUCCAAAUUUCCCUCCUAUUUGGAUAAUUUGUUUAUAGUGGACAGCGUUAAGAUAUUAUAGCUGGCCAAACUGAAGUGGCGAAUAAGGUGGUUUUGUUAAACACUGGCUUAGCUCUGUAACCAACACAUCAAUUGUCUCGUAGCAUAUCAAGAGGAAGGGUUACGAGAGUUAAUUAAACGAUCACGUAAGGGAAAAUGCUGCAAUCCUUUCUCAAAUUCUCUCAACUAAUCCUUAAAGAGGAAAUGUAUGGAGAUCAGUCUGGAAAAGUUGUAUGUGGAUUGAUAUUGGGGCUCAAAGGGUUAAUAGCAGGCUACACUGCAAAUGUUUACGGUGGUGUUGAUAAUUGAUCUUAUUAAUAUUGAUUGUUAAUUUUAUCUAAAGCUGCUUCAAGGAUUAUUAGAAGAAUGAAAACACAUCCUGCACCCUUACCACCCCCCUCUGUCAAAAGGUUAGAGCCCAUCCUGCCCCCCAUGACAGAUGCCACUCUGAUGAACAAGCAGAAGUUACUCAACAUUGUGUAUACACAGAUACAAGGAAUAGCCAACCAUGCAAGGUCAGUAGAGAAACUGCUCUGAUAGAUCGUGAUUGCUUUCAGCUAGCUAUAUAUGAAAUAUAUGCUGUAGGUAAUUUUUUAUUUCAGUAAUUUUUUGUUUUGCCAUUAACAUCCAGAGAGAAUAAUGGGAGCAUACAUUACCAUACCCCCCAAAACAAAGAAAAAACAAAAUCAACUGGAAUAAUCAGAACCUUUCUCCAAUAAUAGACGAAUUCUUGAACGUUCAUUAUGUUGCUGAAUCUUUAAAUUUCUCCAAAAUGAUAUGAAUGUCAAUAUUUUUCUUUUUUUGAGUUUAGCCUCUCCACAGUAGCAUAAAAUAACCUUUUCAUUAAUUACUCUGCAAGUCAGGCAGCCAGGAAUAAAGUUUAGAAGCUUCAUGCGACCGAACUGGAUGUGAAGUCUGAGCUGUUAUAUGGACGACCUUGCUAGCCACAAAAAUUACCUUUUAAACUUUUAGCGAAGAACUUUCGUGUUCUUUGAACUCCAUGCUAAAGUGAGGAGAAACUCAGUUGUAACAAAAGCGUGAACGCGCAAAUUGGGUUCAUCUUAUGUCUGACUGGAAAUGACUUCGGCCCACAGGUGAAUGAAACUAGAAAUAAUAUGAGAACGUAAACGUUUUUUUCUUUGUUCAUACUACAGAAAAUUUUGUGGGAACGUUGGUCAUCAUAUUUCCCUGGACAUUGAAUACAUAGAGCUGAUACCCAAAAUGUAUUCAAACGAAAUGUCGCAGGUAAGUACUCAGUUAAAUCGCCCUGUUAUCUUGUUGUAUCGGUGCUUUGAGUUUGGGGUUUAAACUUACUUAAGUCGAGGGAACUUUGAAAGUAAAUACCUGAUUCUACUUUUAUUAGACGAACACUCUGACAUGCCAAAGUUCUGAAUAAGUGCGACCAUCUUACUGAAAUCAUUUGAAAGGUCCAGAGCCAAGUAGAGUUAAGAUCGCAGCGUUUGCGUAGUAGUGUUAAGAGUGAUUCUUGUUUAGGUUAAUGGUCACUGAUUAACAAUGACAAUAUCAAAUAACUGAAAGCCCGAGUGUAUACCGCGGUAAGGGUAUGUAUGUAGUUAGGGCAAUUAUUUUUAGAUGAUCGCCAGAUUAUUUAAGCCGUGUUUCAGAUAGGUGGAAAGCUGCUGUUUUAUAGUAGAAUUUACCCUUAGCACAAAAAACCUUUCCUCUGUAGGUUGUAGUUCAAGUUCCUUGUCGCGGCAAGUUUUUCAAAGAAGGAAAUCAGUGUAGAGGUCCUGCUACCCUCACUCUCAAGGUAAUGGUCAAGUUAUUGUAUGAUGACACUUGUUUUUCUUUACCAACAUUACUUUAGCUCAGAGAUCCUGGUGUCAUGUUGACGAAACUGUUACUGGCCGAAUUUCAUGAUAAAACAUACACCUCCACUGAAUUCCUUUUCAAAGUUGUUUGUGAGUGUUGUAAGCCGUCUUCUCGCGUGCAUUAGAAGUCAAAUCUCUGCAAUAGUUAACCUAAUUGUGCUCGGGAGGUAAUUCUUAGUAUAUUUUGACCUGAUGAGUGUGUUAAUGAUCCUUGCUGUACUGUUAUGUACACUGUAUGUAUUGUUUCACAGUUCCCGGCGAAACGUGCCAAUGAAGCUGUGAUUAGGAGGGUUGCUGAUAAUCGCCGAGAACAGGAGCAAGUAAUACAGAACUUCAUCCAACCUUGCCCGACACAGCUGUGUGAAGGUGCAGCGUAUAUUGAGAGCAUUAUAACGUGAGUAUCUAUCAUUUUGAAGAAUAUUCACAUUAUAGCGUUUGAACAGCUGAAGUGCCGAGCCUAAAAACGCGUCAAUUUUCAGACCUUGCUCGUACGUGAGCCCUUUCCAAAGCCAACGGACCAACUACCAUAAUCUCGUACCCAGCCAGAUCUCUUGUUACCCGCUUCUGCAUAUGGCGUCAUAACUCACGUUCUGAGAGUCUCGAGAGUCGCGGAUGGGGCCGGGUGUGGGGAGGGGAGGGGAGGGGGGGAGGGGUAGUAAUCAGUCUAUUGCUUCUGUAUUUCCGGAGUAUUUGAGCACUCUUCGCUUUCUGUUUACUGAAUAAAUGUGUGGUUGAAAUACUUUGUCAACGUACAUUUCCUUAGCUUUGACAAAGAGAUCAGUUUUUAAUACAGUGUAUUAGUGCUGAUGUUCGGUCGUUUCUUAAUCUUUUAUAUCUUUUAUUUUCAACUAAUCAACUAAAUAAUUCUCCACAUGUGCCUGAGAAAGUAGCUUGAUCGAUCCCUUUCAGAUCGUUGGUGAAUAAAGCGCAGGAUUCAUCUGAAAGAAGUAAACAAGGUCAGUACUGUGUUUGAAUGGUUUCCCAAUAUAUGUGGAGUCCAAAAAAAAAAAAAAAACAGCAAGGGAUUAUCUCUUGGUACUUGGUUCAAUUACAAAACAUAUAUGUAAAAAAACGCCGUAGGUUUCAUUAGACCACUUGUAUGGCUAUAUUUCCCCCUACACAUUACCUGACAUUAUAUAAUGAUCCAACGAUAUGGCUCCUUUAUUAUACAUAAGUGGCUGUGAGUUGUUAAAAGAGCGAUCGCCGACUUUUUAUUUUGAAUUAUUUCAGAAAUUAUCAGCGACAUUGGUACUUCUUUGUUUUAUCAAUUUUGUGGAGCAAUGGAUGACAAUGUGAUGAACUAUCAGCCAACUUUGCAGUUUUUCACGUCCUGUGUGGAGAUACUGGGAAAGGUCAGUGCUGACUAUGAUGAUCCCGGCUAUACAUGAACUGAUUGGAGGGAAGCGUUCAGGCCUGAGGUCCUGUUUUUGCAAGCGUCGGAGUCGGAGUCGGAGUCGGAGUCGUAAGCGGAGUCCUAAGAACGCUUAUGACCUAGUGAAAAUCAAAAAUCGGAGUCGUAUGCGGAGUCAUAGGCGCGACGGAAUCGGAGUCAGAAGAAUCAGAACGUUUCCAUUUUCUUCCGACUCCGCUUACGACUCCGUCGCUUACGCCCCGCUUAUGAUCUAGUGAAAACCAGAUUGUCGGAGUCGGAAGCAGAAGCGGAAGGAUAAACCAAUCAUAAUGCACGUUCCCAGCCACCCUUUGUGAUUGGUUUAGUUCUUCCGUUUCUACUUCUGACUCCGACAAUCUUGUUUUAACGAGGUCAUAGCGGAACGUAAGCGACGGAGUCGUAAGCAGAAUCGGAAACCUAUUUUCUCUAGAUCAUAAGCUCUAGGCUUCUGAUUACGACUCCGACUACAACUCCGUCGCUAGUGAAAACAGCCCUUAAGAGAGUAGGGUGAAGAUCCCUUCUUGUGAUGCUGAUGUGUUCUAUUGUCAAAAUGUUAUAUUUUCUUUCCAUUUUUUUUCAACUUUUAACUAAGGAAUACUAACGGAGAACAUCAAAAACAAGCUUUAAUAGCAAAUGUCAAUUAAGUAAUGAUUGAAACACGAACAGUAGUGUUUUUUGAGUAAUGUUUAAAACACGAACAACAGUGUUUUAUCAUAGUUAAUAUUUCGAAAGAAGUAAAGCAAAUCUCUAUUUGUCUUCAUUGAAAAUGGCAAGUUUGUCGUUAUAGCCGAGAAUAGUUCACGCAGCCGUUCUUUGUCUCGUCUCGCAACGCUGGGCAUCUAAUGCCAACGUCAAGGGCAAAAUCCAAGUGAGGGUAUUUCUCGCCAUAAUCCUCUUAGCGUGUUGUUUUUCACUACGUGUCCUUAUCUAACUUAGAUUCUGGCGUGUUUGAUUUUUUUCAUUUUUAGACGUUUAUAAUGAACAACCCUAGCCAGACAGAGCAGCUGUUAUCGGCCAUCUUGGACCAUUCUUGGGUGUCAAUGUUGUCAGUUCCGUUCUUUAGUCCCAAUGACAAUCCUGAUUCGUUUGUUGCCAUGUAUCGCAGGGUACUGGAAGCCACUGAUGGAGAUCUUGUAUUCUCGUUGCUCACCAAGGUUAAUGUUUUUUUGUCUUGAACUAGUAGCCUUGAUCUCGCUGCUUCAAUGUAAAAAUAAAUUCUGUAUGCAACUCAAGAUUUUUAAUCAGGCAAAACUGUGCUCUUGUCAGGAACCUGCGCUGCGCGUAGGUACUGCCUCCCUUAAGAGUAAGAACUGCCCAAGACGUCGGUAAAGUUCUGAAUUUUUCCCCUAUAUAUAAGAUAGUGUACUGUCUCUCUAUCGCUUGCCAGCAACAGCAGUUUUUUCAGGCUCAACCAGUCCACGUUUGUACGUAACUUAGGGUCAAUCUAGUUGUGCCCGUCUCGUCAAAGUCCGUAUAAUUGUGAACCUCUGUGACCUCUUACAAGACAAUCGUAACACGUUCUAUCCAGAAUAUGAUUCCAUUUUGAAUAGUAGAUACUUGUACUGACUUGUUUUUAUCGUUGUGUAGUUUGACCUGCCCAAGUGGCUGUCUUCACCAAAGAGUGAUCUCACCGAGCGAUCCUCAUUAACCUCUGUUGUGUUUGACGCACUUAACAAUGUGGGGUUUGAGCCUUCCGAUGACAAGAGAACCAUUCUGGAAGUGAGUUAGACCACUGUGCUUUCUUUGCCUCAAGGGCCGAUUAACUACAACAUUUCUGUCCGUUAUAUCGAGUUUCCCCUGUAGAUCGUUUUCUGUCUAAUUUCAAACCAUUAGACGUGAUAGCUAUCGUAAUGAGUUAUCAUCUUUUCUCGCGGUGUUUUGGUACAUUUACGUAAGUGGAGAUAUUUUCUCCCUGGACUGUAUUCUGAAAGAAAAGUCAUUGUAUUUCACGGCAAAUGACGGAUAUCAUAAACUUAUUUACUCAUCUGUUUUAACAUGUAGGUUUAUUUACAACACUUGUCAAAAAUGCUGAUGUACAACUUCCCCGAGCAAUACAGCGAUGCCCUGAGACUUCUCUGUGAAGGUAUGCUUGGCUUCCCUCUGUAAUCCUUUACAGCUGGCAAAAUAUUUUCAGUUGUAGAAACUCUUUAUGUACGGUCCUAUUUCUCUUCCGUGUCAGGUUCAAGUAAGCGGACGCUCUGUCUUGAAGUAUGGAACACGUUUAUGUCUUGCAUUGGUUGUGUUCCUUCGACUGAGAAUGAAGUGCAAGGCUCAUCCAAAGAGUUGUUAGGCGACGAGCAGGUAUUAGUAGUACAGGGAUGACACACCAGUUAGGCCUCGUUUCUCAGGGGAUCUCUUUAAUAAGGAGGGAAUACAUUAGCACUGAUGGCGUCAUAGACUCAGGUUCACUAAGCCCUAACGUAAUUAUGCAAGUUCUAUUUCCUGAGAUUUCGCCUAAAAAGGAGGCUUAAUUGGUGUACCCUGCCGCUGAAUAGGUGUGGAUUGUGUCAAGUUUAGUUCUGUCGCUCCUAAAGUGCUUAAAAAACGCAGUGAGAAUCCAAGUUUUUAUAUAUAAUUAAUAUUUAUAUUGAUGCGAAGUGUUCUCAAACGUGGAAUUCUUUGGUUAAAUUCAACAGGUGUUGGAAACCCUGGACUGGCUGACAAAGUACUUUAGCGGUCAGCGGGCUGAACUGGGAGGUCAUGUGACCGGUGGCCUCUACACCAUGUGGAGGCCGUACAUAAAACAGCUUUCUUUUGUCCUUGGUUUCAUGUGCCAACAGAUCGUAGUUAGAAGAGCUGCUGUGGUCUAUGCAAACAGAGGCCAAGGAUUAGACGCAGGUGAGGCUCCUAUUUGUAAUUAUACGCUGUCUCAAUAGUGGGGCCUCCAAAGAUAUUUUUCGUGCAUCUUGUUUAGCUAAUCUUUGGAAUGGCUGUUCACAACAGACAUGACGCUGAUUUUUAUACGACAACGUUCUGUAUCUGCAUUGUGGUUUUCCAACCAUUUCUUUGGUGUGUUUAUUAUAGUGUUGACUGAGCUUUGGACGUUGAUCUGUCGCGUGUUUGAACCGUGGAUUUGUUCACAAGACUCUCCUAUUCCAGGGUAAGAUUCAGUUCACUUAAACUUGUUACCGUAGUUUCUGGAUUGCUUCAUUAAGUAAUCCUUGUGAACAUUAAAGCCUUCAGUUAUAUUCUUCAUGUUCUUUUUUGCAUGAUGCAGUCAAUCAAGUGCGUGUAUAAUAACUUUGUGUGGUGCCCUCGGCCCUAGACUACGAGUGGUCUUCAUUUUCCUCAGAGAUAGUAGAGAGAAUGAAACACGCGAGCACGCGUUACAAUCUCCAUCCGCGCGGAAGGUGCUGGGCUCUCGUGCCGUAAAACUCGUAACGCAAAAAACCCUCGUCGAAAGGGGGAUGGGGGGGGGGGGGGGAAGGGAAAAAGGGAGGGGGAUUUCUCCCUCUCCUCUCCCCUUUCCCUUUUUGCGCCCGCCACGCAGGCUACUCAUUCUUAUCCCUGAGGAAAAUAAUGGGCUAUUAAUAACUUAUUGACUACUUUCGGCCUCUACGUUUUGAAGCAAUACCUUUCGGUUACUGCUGAGAAAGCUAUUAAGGUGACCAAAUUCCCAACUUGCAUAACCUGUCUUUCCUGUUUUGCAGGAAUGGUCCUGUGGCUCCUUGGAAUGAAAGUGAAGUACCUCAGGCUUCAGACAUGGUGACCCUGUUCACUGAUACAUUGGGCUGUCUGCAAACACAUUUAAAUGGUACGAGAUUGUGGCUAGGGAUGAAAACAAUGCUAGUAGCCAGCAGUAGUUGUCAGAAUAUUGAUAUAAGAGUCGUGUAUUUAACUCAUUUUUGAAUUUAGAAAAUCUCUGUAUUUUAACCCAUUAAGCCCCAAUGUCAAUACACAAAUUCUUCUAACUGGCCUCUGUAAUUUUCGUAAAGCGUAUGUUGGAAGAAGUUGUUGAAAGAGAAAAACAAUUAAGGUGUGUUAGCUGUUUUACGACUUUUUCUGAUUAUGUCCUGAUAUAGUGUGGAGAAAUUUGAUAUGAUUGGUCACUUCUGGGGCUUAAUGGGUUAACUGAGAAAUCUUUGGAGUCGCCUUACAAUUUUAAUCGAACAUGUUAGCAUUAACAAUGACACAGAUGGUUUGAAACGUAAGAUCUUUCUCCACACCAGUGUAAGGUGAAAUGGAGAAAAGUGUUCGAAACCGAACUUUUCUUAGAUCAGCUUUAAAAUCGCUAAAACAGAUCUCUACCUUGAUAAAAAUGAGGUCUGCUUCAGUGAACAACGCGAGUUAAGGAAAAUCUAUGAAUAGUACUUUAAGCAGAUAGCUCUGAAUAACACCUCUAUUUUUUUUUAAAUUUUGCUUUUAAUUUUUUAUUUUACCCAGCUCCUUACAGCAGUACGUCGAUGAUGAACAUGUUUUGGAGUUUCUUUGUAACGUCCCUAUCCAAACCGGGAAUUCCUGAUUAUGUUCUACGAGUGUACAACUCCAAGUUUUUUCUUCUUCCCUGGCAAAGCUUUCUCCCCACGCUGCACAACUUACAGCUCAUGCAACAGGUUCGUUUUAAGGUCGCGUUUGUCACGCAUUUCCUCAGUCUUCCGUUCUUUUAUCAGACAUUUUCUUUGUCGCUUUGGUCAACUUUUCUUUCUUUUUCCGUUAGUUGUACGGCGUGUGCAAGAAAAGUUUUGCCUUUCUUGGUAUCGUGUUUCCUCUUAUGGACUGGAGCAAGAUCAUAUCUGCCUACUGGUAAGUAACAUUCAUUCUACAUUGCCUAUCUCUUACUGGUAUCGCUGAAGCUUUCCAAUGGUUGCGCUCGCACAAACGACCUUUACAUCUGCUUUAGCUGCCUGAUCACAGUGUACAUUCAAUCUAAUUGAUAAAUAUUGUCGUUAUUUUUUCCCGUCUGGGUGUCCUCGGCUAAACUUAAUGUCAUGGUGAGUUGAUGCGAGGAAGGAAAGAAAAAGCUUAAGGGUGGGUGAAUGUGACGACCGCGCCCUAAGAAGUUUGGUAUUUUUUCCAGCGUGGUACGAUUUUACGUUCGCAUUCUCUUGUGGGAUGGGAGGGAUGUGUCGAUGUCAUUUUAGGGCAGAUAUUGUACAAAAGGUUAGCUUAGUUAGGGUAGUGAGUGUAAAGAAAGAGACAUGGCGUAACUGAAAGACCGCAGAGGUAACGGAUUUGAUUGUUUAUUAUUUUUCAUUUGGUUUAUCAGCGAGGGCCAGACUUCAGAAGCUGUAGUGCGCCUUCACUCAUCCCUGUUUCAUCUGCUUGUAAUCUUCGCCAACGAGAAUGACAUAGUGAACGACGCAGUGAACGCAAAGGUGAGUAUUUCAAAGCAGAGGUCUUCGUUGUUAUUGUUUUAGUUUGAUGCGUUUCGUCGCGCUGUUUUACCAAAUUUUGUCGAACUUGUACUUUAAAACGAGACUUUGUUCUUGAAAGUAGCAUAGCAGAAGGAAAAUGCAGGGACAAUUUAAAUUUUUAUAGAUGAAAGGAAAGGGAAGAUUGUCCUGUUUUACCUUACUGGUACAAACUCACUGAGUUGUAUAGGUCAUGGCAAAUAAGGCAGUAAUACCCAAACUUUCGACCUGCCGUGGUUUAAAGUACGUUUUGUUCGAAGGCGUGUCAGCUGGGAGACAGUUCGCUCACCAAAUGAUUAUAAGCGUGUCCAACUCGCUGAUUCUAUCCUUGAAAAUUGUCUGGAUUCUUUAAAGCGCAUUUUCUUCUAGACUAUGAAAAGUAAUUUGACACUAGGGUUAUUUGGGCUUGAAAUAGUUUUGGAAAUGGCUUUAGUAUUUUAAACUAUUAUGUUCAUUUGUUCGUGUAGGGAAUGCCGAAUUUACUGGAGUCUGCACUGAAAUUUCCUUGGCACUACUUGGAUGGAAGGUUUGUACGCGACAAAGUUUAAUACAGACUGCUCUAACAGCCACACACCGACUUUAUUUUUAUGAUGUAAUUAAACAAUGAUUAAACUAGGGAAAAUUUUAUUUGGGAACCGAAACAAUUCCCUUAGCAUUAUGAUACCGCUUAUCUGUGAAUAGUCUUUUCUAAGAACACUAUUUGCGUGGUUUUCCAGCUUGUUCUGCCGGAGUUGAGCAUGCAGGGAACGGUGACUAUAUUUUCAACGUUCCUAAUAUUUUACAGGUCUUUCGAAGAAGUCGUUUCGUGGCAAGUUUCUCACGGUAAUGCAGAGUUAGUGCUUCAGGAAAACUCUUCCAUUUGGUAUGCCUUAAGGUAGGUAUCACAGUUACAGUCGAAAUAAAUGUUAUAUGUGUUCUACUUGCUAUCUACACACUGUCGAUAACACAGAGAAAGAUAGUUGAUUUAGUCGUUGUGUCCUACAGUUUGGUCCAAUCCAUUCUUUCAAUGACAUCAUCCUCUUGCGUCACAUCUGAUCAAGUCGUUUUAUUUCAGGUUAAUAAGAGCUGCUGCGGGGAUCGUGGUCUCGGAAGAUGGUUCAAUGCAGCCUACACGGCCUGUAAGUUUCUACACAGAAAUUUGCAAAUAAUAAUAUUUCUCCCUAGGAUUAACUUGAAGAGGAUGGGCGAUCGGUGCGAAACAGAGCACGAAGAUCAGUGGUGCGGUAGGUUACAAUUGCAAGGGAAACGGGCUAGGGACGCGAAGAGUAUAGAGCGAUAGUCUUGUCUAGUCGUCCAGUCUUCAUGUCAACUUCGGGAAUUCCUUGGAAGCCUUGAGGGUAUUUUCAAGAUGAUUCGGAUGAUUUUCGGAAAGCUUCAUGGGAACAAAUGGCACAUUGAUUGGUACUCCAAGAAUUUAGAACUUGACAUUAAUUUUGCUCUGUCCAUCCACUUGGCAACAAUCUUUUUUGAGUGGUGGUAGAGGGCUUUGUUUUAUGCAUGUUAUAGGGACCAAUAAAAAUGAAGGUGAAGAUCUGCUUCUAUUAAUCGUAACAUUAACACGAACCUGUACAAAUGUUUCUUGCAGGAUACUGCAGUGAAACGGGCGUCAUACGUCCGCUGUGUCGCGAGCCUGUUAAGCCGGUGUUCCACAGACACGAAGCUCAAAGCAAAGUCUUUUGGUCCAGUAAUUCUGUUUGUUCUCAAAGAUACUGAGUCUGUUGCCGGGUCAGGUCAGUGACAGAAAGUUUUUUUCGUCCUUGGCCUUAAAAAGGCAUCAAAUGAUAUGCACCUCAGGUCCUCAGAUAGAAUUGUUAAUUGCUACAAGAACCUGAUGUUAAGAGCAUGUCGGGGUAAAACUGAACAACUUCCGAGAUAAUCUCGUACGGUUAACUUGAACUCUUAAUAGCUCACCAUUCUACAACAACUGACUUGCUUUUACUAUCUCAUGCUUGUAAAGCAUGUAUACUUAAUCUUACCCUUUUCGUGUAUCUUGCCUAAUUAAUCUUAUAAAAAUAUUUUCCUCACUUUUUAUUUUACGAAUCGUAAAUAUCAAGGUUCCGCUCUUUCAGGUGUUGAUCCAGCAAGCACCGCCUCGGAAGUCUGCCUGAUGAUGUGUGAGGAACUCAACCUUUUAAACAUCUGCUCCCCUGUGGGGGAUGUACUGAAAGUCACGUUAGACUUCAUAUUACAGUUCAUCCGGGAAUCCACCUGUACAAUGCUAGUUUUAGCUUCAAUCCCAGCAGCCUGUAGGACCCUGGCUAGCAUCCAGUUUAUGGUUUCUGUUGUAGAGACUGGAAUUGAGUCGUAUUUUAGAAAGCACUCUUCCUCAAAUUCUAUUGAUUCUGGAGCGAAUGCGGACUGGGGCUGGGGACACAUAGUCCCAAGUGUAGCUGUCCCGGAACUAGCGCAAGAUGAAUUUGUCAACGGUUGGUGCUAUUUCCGUCUUUUGAUUUGUUUCUUUUGUUUCUUUUCGAGCCGAAAAGUAAAUUGUGUGACACCAACAGGCGGAAGAACAAACGUGUUGUGCAAAAUUAAAGAAAGAUUACCGACGGUUAUGUCCAUUGGGGUCGAUCUCGGUUGGUCAACGCGUACAAACCAAAGGCCUUGUCGUUCUCAAUCCUCACGUAAAUGAUCGUAAAUGGACAUUUUCGUAAACAGCCGCCAGAGUGGAUUAGUUGAUACGCCGAGAAAUAUCGAUCUCUUGUGGACAGCUUUGAGCACUUAAGUUUGUAUGCGGCUACAAACAGAAACAGACUCGUGAGGACAUAGCUAAGUGUCGGCCAUUCACACUUUCACCUCUUAAAAUGGCGUAUCAAUCUUCAAACAUCUUCUUGUAGAAUCCUGAAACGUAAAUACAGUCGACUCCCGAUAAUUCGAACCUUCAAGGGAAAUAGAAAAAAGUUCGAUUUAUAGGAAGUUCGAGUUAUCGAGAGUAAAAUUAUAUAGAAAACGAUCUGAAGGGAAAUGUAAAUUGCUUCGAGUUAGCGGGAGGUUCGAGUUAUAGAGGAUUCGAGUUACCGGGAUUGGACUGUAGUACUAUGCAAGAGUUCUCCCUAAGAAGUUUCAUUUGAAUGUUAACACCUUAGGAUUUCAUCCACAUGUGUAAAAGUGAGACUGAGAAAUGAUUUUGCCUUAACUUGGUCUAGGGGUGAAAAGGGUUACGUUGAAUAACGAUAUGCUGUUUAUAUAUUUUUAGAAUGUGUAGGACAGGGUGCAUUGCUUACUCUGUACACAAACAUCCUGCUGAGAUUGUCCACUUGUCAGAGUCCCGUCCAAGAGAUGUCUGUGUUAACUGAUAUAGUCACAUGGUGUACGCACAUUAAAGUCAGGUAGGUUCCGCAAGUGAAGCUGGGAUCGCAUGCUGCCUCCAUCUUUGAUUUUGAAAAAGAAAAGAAAAGGAAAAAAAAAAGUUGUGGAGAAGGAGACAACCAAAAGCGCCAAUGCGCCAUACUAGGGAUGUCCCCACUAAUUAAAAUAUAAGAAAAAUAUAUACAAAUAGAAAUAUAAAUGUUCUAGUUAUCCCUAAUAAAGCUUAAAACAUUUCUUUUAAAAGUUGCAAUACUGUUUGAUUCUCUAAUAUGAUUGGGUAACCAUUCCAUUCAUUUGAAAAAGGAGGAAGUCUGGGGAGAGUAGGUUUUGAAGUCAACAUGGCAGCCGAUACACAGAACCCAAACACCCCGUGCCCCCAAGAAAAUACCUGCGCCUUAGAUUUCAAGAAUGACAUAGAAGCAUGGUGACUAGAAAGGACACAAUAAUUAUCGAACAUGUUCAGUUUGUCGUUGAAUUUUACUUGUGGCUCAGUUAUAACUAUUUUGUACAAAUUAUUUCGGGGUUUGAAAGUGGUGGCGGUGGUAGUAGACUGCAUCGCAUCGCUUUUACUUAGGGAUUGCCUCACGGGUCAAAAUAGAUAAAUUCAUUUCCUUAUCAAGAUGAAUUUAUGCUUGCAUCACGUUUAUCACGUUUAUUAAUUUUUCAGACGCGAAUUUGAAACCAAGCUUGCUUUACUGUGGCACAAGAUUCUUCAGCUGUCCAUCAGACAAGUUUAUUACGCUGCUGGACCUUUGAAUAAUCUCACUAAACAACUGUCCUUCCUUGCAUCAACUCUUCAUACCUUAGGAGAGGAUAAAGCUUCAUCUGGUUUGCUAGGGGCCAUUGGCUUUGGAAAGAAGUCUCAGCUCAGCGUUAAGUGAGUUGUUAUAUUUCAUUUGUUUGGUAAAAGGAUUUUCUUAGGAACACUCCAAGCCUUUUAAUCUUUCAUAAAUUGCUAAUAGUGGGUACCAUAUCACUUUCCAGAAAAGAACUUGAUCGCGGCCAAGAAGAGAAAUUUCGAACGCUACACUUUCACUUUUGACCUCAGUGUAGAAAACAUCUGUCUCCGACGGAUUCGAACGCAUGAUCUCCCGACAAGCACUCUGGCGUUCAACUGUUUAGCCUCAGAUAGACUCAUUGCGGGCUCGGUCAUAAAUGGCAUGCGUUAUAAAUGCUACAGUCACUAGGGCAGUGAUAAGUAAUGAAAGGUGGCUAAAAAGUAUGGUUUUACCAUUUCUUUUACGUAUCGUUUCAGAUUCCGAUUCAUGUGCAGGGCGUUAGAAGCAUUUUUGUUGGCACAGAUGCCGUCUAACUCAUUGUUGAGAUUAGAUGCUAAAGCACCAGGAUAUGUACGAGAACCGAAAAAGGUAUACAGUAUUACCCUUCACCCCCUCAAUUCCAGACUGAAAUAUGCGGACAAACUUUGAGUCUGUGGAUUGAAACCUUUUGUGCGGGCAUGUACAUGAAGCCUCGCUGUUAAUUCUUUCUCAUGGCACUGCUUACUUUUCAAAAUUUUGCCAACGAGAUGUAUUUAAGUUAUUUUGAUUAUGGAAUUCCUACAGUGUAAAGCGGUUUUUUAAUCAUCGCCUUACUGAGGAGAAGAAAUGCAAGUAAACUUUGUCAAGGUCCGUUAAGCCCCUGCCUAAGUGGCUCAUGUUGUUCGUUCGAUUAAAUUGAUGUAUUGGUGCAUUUGCGCUUUCUUUUCCAUUAGGUCUCCUCGCUACAACUUGUGUAAUGCAGUUUGUCUUAUCUGUAAUAUGUUCGUAUCACUUUGUUUCACUAUGGCUUCCAGUGUAUCUCUGUGACUCAUGUUUCAUCCUAUCUAACCUGACUCGUUUCUAUUUGUAUCGCACGUGGAGGACGGAACGCGAGGAGUGAUGGGAAGGAGGAAAAUGAAAAGGAGAGCGCCGGUCUCGCCGCUCACUUCCGCCUUCCUGGAAUCACCCCUGCCUUGCUCUACCCUCGACCACGCAUCUCUCGUUAAUAUUAGGGACCUUAAGAUCUGAGGACGGCGACGGCAUCGUAAACGUCUCUUAAAAGUGAAUUUGCGUGCUCUCAAUCUUCAUGCCGAUUAUUCCAAGUCACUUACCUUGUGAAAUGUUGGCGAACUCUCCUGCAGUUGAAUUCCUCAGAACCAUAUUCCAGACAAAAAAUGGAGAGAAAAAUUUCGUAAUUGCUUGUUCACGUCCUCCAUUAAACGUGAAACAAGGAAUUUUCACAUCGUAGCCGUGCAGUGACGGCAAAGAAAUGUGCAGCAUUGCGUGUUUAACUUAUUGCUUAUUUGAAGUUGUCGUUGCCGUCGUCCGAUCUUAAGAUUUGUAUAAAUAGGAGACUGACAGAUGACUGCUACGUAACGCUUAAGCUUGUUUUAUUUUUGUUAAGGCCAAACAGCUAGCACCAGGAGGAAGAAUCGUUACAUCCACUGCUGAAGCCGAGCAAGCACUUUCUAACCUGGAAGCUUUACGAGUUAGUAAACAGUACGCUUCCCUCGCGGAGUAUAUCAUAGAAGCUCAUUCCUUCAUAGCAAAUCCUCUGCAUUCCCUCAUGGAGGGGCCAAAAUUUGUUGUUAAGCUCGUGCAGCAGCUUUUUCCAGAUGAAAGAGCUUUGGAUAUAAUUGGCUUCUACGACGCCCCGGCAGCCAAACCUUAAAGAAAAAUCUUCACGAUGUGGCAGAAUUGGUAUAAACUGAAUGCGAAAGUCAUCGCAAUGGGCCAAUCAGAACUAGGAUUACAGCAAUAACAUCGCGGCUUCCCGGGUACAGCGCGGGAAAUGCCUAGCAACCACAUCAUGAUUGUUUUGGGAUUCCUAAUUGAUUGGCUAGUGGAAAGUUGGCGGGAAAUCUUCAAGCCAAUGGCGAAACGAGGAAAUGCAAGCGGAAAAAAUUCGCUUUGGACACUCGAUCAGCUAAAUAAUGCUCUGAGGUGGAACUAACUUCACUGAAUUUUCAGUGAAUUUGAAUUUCACAUUAGUUAAAUUUCAAUGAAUUUGUAAAGCAUGACUAUCCAAGUCAACUUUGUACCCUUUAGGGCCUGUAUGACGGCGCUGUCUUUGUUUAAUAGAAAAGGUCUAUUAGGUUCAGUAAGAACUGCAGUAUGCCGUUCGAUAAAGUCGAAUAAUGACACACAUGAUUUAUAUUUUAGAGAUAGAUUAUAUUAAUGUUGGUCUCCCUCGGGACCAAAUAGAAACUGUUGUAUAAUAGUUAAGAAACUUUCAGUUAAAUUUCCGGUACACAGUAUGACGGUGCUCUUUUCCUCUUUUUUAAUCGGGGAACUGCAUUUCUUUUACGCACACCCCGAAGCGAGAGAGGACGAUUUGGAUGAACCAACAAUCUCUUUUCCGAACAUGAGUAAAGCGCCUUUUAUGGUUAACAUAAAUUUAUAUAUUAGCUGCGAUCGAGGGUCCGUUUGCAUCAAGAAAGGGAACUUAAGAUUGAGUGGGGUUUCUAAACAACUAUUCUCUUUUUCGAAAUAUUUUUUUGUGUUUUCUUUGCUUCCUAUAUCCCUCGACCCGCCCGCUUUGGCUGGGUUAUCCCUCAUAUCAUGCGAGAAAAUUUUCCGGAAAAAAGAGAAUGGUUUCAGAUAAUUCGCACUUAAUCCAGGACUAAUGGCCUGUUUACAUGGAGUUGGGGGACCCCAUGUAGGUGAGAGCCCUUUAAGGUGGGUAAUUCGCCUGUCAAUCUCAUAUAUUCACCCCACCUAUCAUGUAAACGUGAUCAAAUUAAAAUGAAAGAUAAUAUGGACAGGCUGAUUACACCACCUAUCUGGGGCCCCACCUCCAUCUAAACAGGCACUAGAUCUUAAGUUGCAUUGUGCAAUAAGCCGUAAACGGAAACUCGCCUGCUGUAAAUAAAUCCCAUUCCAUGGAAUAUUGGUAGCUCCAUAAACCAUCAUAAAGUCACUUUUCAAAAAUAUUAUUCUUUUUAUUAUUUAGAAUUUACAAGUGUCAAAAAACCAUGUAACUUCCUACACCUUUUCCUUGCACUGGUUUUUGACCCGGCACUAGUACCAACAAAACCUUUAACGACCUAGAUUGUCCGGCAUAAACACUCAAUACUUGCUUUAUAGAACCCAGCAGCUUCCAAGUUACCAACGCAAAUAAAUGUUGUGACUUUUUCUACUCGAGUUGUACGAUUUGCGAUUCACGAAUUUCCAUUUUAAAACAAACAUUUGAAAUAUAGCGGUAUUUCACUUGCCUAAUGACUGAACAAACUAUACACUACCAGUUUAUACCCGUUUUAAUCAGGUCAUGGGUCUAUCAGUAUUAACUGCAAGCAAGCUCAAUUUUGUGUGUUAGGCGCGAAGGCAAGUGUUUAACCAAGUAAGUCACGCGGAAAUCUUAGGGAUC